UGGCGGCUGUGCUGCUGUUGCCGUGCAGCACGUGGUGGACUAAUCUAAUCCUCUCCUCUCUGCUUGUAAAACCGUUCUGAACGUUGUUCAAAGGCCGCUUUCUGGACGGAGUUUUUAAAGUCCGGCAGUACAGUAAUGUUCAGGGGUGAAUCUCUGUCAGCAGAGAAAUUUGGAACAUAUGAAGGUUAGACUGCUUUCUCAGCGGGUUUGUACCUACCUAUUCGAUGGAUAGCAGUGCGGGGUGAAUACCAUGGAGACCACUGGCGUGUGUGGUAUAGAGGCAGGCACACGUGGACUUGUAGAGGGCAGCAGUUCCCCUUCCUCUCAGGAUCACCUUGAGGAGUUUGAGGGUCUGAUAAACACCUGCUGCAGUGAAGAGGUGCGAGGGGAGACACCUGGGAGAGAAGAUUGUCAAAUUGACCCCCUUGAAGGAGAACUGGACCCAAGCAGUGAUCAGAACAAGGAGCAAAACAUGUUUGGGAAAGAAGUCUUGCUACUGAUGCAAGCCCUUCACACCUUAGCCACUCCUGAGGAGAAACUUGCUGCUCUUUGCAAGAAGUAUGCUGACCUGCUGGAAGAGAGUCGCAGUAUGCAGAAGCAAGUGAAGGUGCUGCAGAAGAAGCAGACGCAGGUCCUCAAAGAGAAGAUUCAUUUGCAAAGUGAACACAGCAAAGCCAUUCUUGCUCGCAGCAAGCUAGAAAGCCUUUGCAGGGAGCUACAACGGCACAACAAGACCCUGAAGGAGGAAAAUGCCCAGAGAUUCAGAGAAUAUGAGGAGAGGCGCAAAGAGGCCACGCUUCACUUUCAGAUGACGCUGAAUGAGAUUGAAGCGCAGAUGGAGCGGCACAACACUCACAACACCAAGCUGAGGCAGGAAAAUAUGGAGCUGGCAGAGAAACUCAAGAAACUUAUUGAGCAGUAUGAACUCAGAGAGGAGCACAUUGACAAGGUGUUUAAGCACAAGGAGCUUCAGCAACAGCUGGUUGAUGCAAAACUCCAGAGGACAGCUGAGUUGAUGAGAGAAGUUGAGGAGAAGCAGCAGCGAGAGAGAGAAUUUCUUCUGAAAGAUGCAACAGAAUCAAGACAUAAAUGUGAGCUCAUGAAGGAGCAGGAGCUUCAGCUGAAACAGCAGCUUACUCUUUAUAUGGACAAAUUUGAAGAGUUCCAGACAACCCUUGCCAAGAGUAAUGAAGUGUUCACCUCUUUCAGACAAGAAAUGGAGAAGAUGACCAAGAAAAUCAAGAAGUUGGAGAAGGAGACCACUCUUUGGAGGACCAAGUGGGAGACCAACAACCAGACCUUACUGCAGAUGGCGGAGGAGAAAACUGUGCGGGACAAAAAUUACAAAGCCCUACAAGGGAAACUGGAGCGUCUGGAGAAGCUGUGCAGAGCCUUGCAGAGAGAGCGCAACGACCUCAAUCAGAAAUUAGGAGCCCUUCAGGGUCCAGCAAAAAAUCCUGAAGAGGAGGGGACGGGGCCUCCUGACCCCCAGCCAGAGGAGCCCUUAAGUCAGUCCCCAAAUGGGGGCAUGAAUGGAGAGGUAGUAGGAGAAAUGGAAUGUUUGGUUCCUGAAACGGAGAGGCUGGGAUUACAGCCAGAGGAGGAGCCAACCACAAAACAACUAGAUGAUUACUGAGGCACCCAUUUAGGGACUUUUUUGUUUGUUGUUUUCCUUUUUUUGUGGAGCUAUAUAUUUUUGUGUAAUAGAUAUGAUAAUUAAGACUAAAACACACAUGUAUGAAAACUGCUCUGUACAUUGGUAAUUGGCUUUGUCAUGAGCACUUUUUACUCGCUUUUUUCUACCACACCUGUAUUUUCUUAGGAAAUGGUCAUGUGGUCCAAGGCGGCUACAGCUUUAGUGUUCCAUGCUUUAAUUAAUUUUGAUUUCUCUUCUUGCUGAUCCGUGUUCUGAUUGCAGAUUUGAAUUUUUAUGAUAAUGUAGCUAUCGGAUCUGGCUUCUAGGAUUGAAAUAAACUGAUUCAGAUGCA